AUGUCCCGGGGCAAAACCCUCGGUCCUCUCGUCAUUGCCAACUGUGUCAACUCACUGUCGUACACCCUUGAACUUGUAAUGGCCUAUGUUUAUUUUAGGAACUACCAAGAAGACAAGAAAUUGAUGAAGCUUGCUGUUGCUGCACUCCUCCUCGUAGGACUUGUAUCCGUCGUUUCCUAUAUGGCCUGCACAUACCUUUACACUGUGAUCCAUUGGGGUAACCAGGAAUACCUCGAAGUUCAAAAUACUUUCAUCAUCAUAUCCUUAUUAACGACGGGCAUCUCAGCCACCGUCGUUCAAUCAUUUAUGACCUAUCGAUAUUGGACCUUUUCAUCGAACAAUUGCAUCGCACUUUUUCUCGCUGUGCUCGCCAUGCUUUCGGCAAUUUGCGGACAGUUUGGUCUCCUCCAUUAUUAUCAAAUCCAACCCGCACUAUUCCGACCGAAACAAAGUGGCAGUCGUAAUGACAUCUUGGUUAUCGUUCAGUGCUUGUCUGGAUGUGGCCACCACCGUUUGCCUCGUGUGGACGCUUAA